AUGCGGUUAUCACAGAUUGGAUCGCUUCUAGCGACCUUUCCUGCGAAUGGUAGCAACAUCAUCCGUACCACCUAUCCUCUUGGAAAUGGACGUCUUGGUGCCAUGCCAAUUGGCCCACCCGGUGCUGAGACGCUCACCCUGAACUUGGAUACAUUGUGGUCAGGAGGUCCUUUCAAUGCAUCGAAUUACACGGGCGGUAAUCCGACCUCUUCGAAAGCAGCAGCAUUACCGGGUAUCCGCGACUGGAUCUUCACCAAUGGAACGGGAAACGUGACGGAACUGCUGGGCUUAGACGCUUCGUAUGGCUCGUACCAAGUGCUAGGAAACUUAAGUGUGUCAAUGCCGUCGAUAGCAGAUUCCGAUGUUACCGACUAUAUGCGGACAUUGAACCUGAGCAAUGGCGUCCAUACCACGGCGUUUAGCGUGAACGGUAGCCUUGUCGAGACCGAAACGUUCUGCUCGUUCCCAGAUCAAGUCUGCGUCUAUUCGGUUCGCUCGUCAGGUCAGCUGCCAGCGCUGGAAGUGAGACUGGACAAUACACUCAUUGAGCCGGAGUUGCGCAACAUUACAUGCGUCGGUGGUGAUGCGACGAGUUCAUCGCAUCUGAGAAUGAGCGCCCUGACGCAGCUUGGCCCACCUGAAGGUAUGCGAUACGACGCGAUGGCACGAGUUGCAUACAAUACCGGCAUCGAAGUUGUAUGUGAUGGUGAAGCCAAGUCUUUGAUGGUCUCCUCGCGCAACGGUACGAACAGUGUCACGAUAAUAGUCGGCGCUGAAACGAACUACGACGCAAAGAAGGGAACAGCGGAGUACGACUACUCUUUCCGUGGCGAAGAUCCAGGCCCGAUCGUUGAGUCCACGACUCUCGCCGCCGCCGCCAGACCUUUGUCGGAUCUACAAGGACGUCACAUGGAGGACUUCACUUCUCUCACUGACCGCUUCACGCUAUCUCUUCCCGAUUCUUUCAACUCAUCUCAAGUACCCACAUCCGAGCUCGUCGCACGUUACAACGCCAACAUCACAGCCGGCGACCCAUACCUCGAGAGCCUGCUCUUCGACUAUUCACGAUAUCUCUUCAUCGCCAGCUCGCGACCGGGCUCUCUUCCCCCGAACCUUCAAGGACGAUGGGCCGAAAGUCUCGAACCCGCUUGGUCGGCAGACUACCAUUCCAACAUCAAUAUCCAGAUGAACCACUGGACCGCCGAUCAGACUGGUUUGACUGAUCUCCAAUCACCGCUAUGGGACUACAUGUCUGACAACUGGGUUCCACGCGGCAGCGAGACCGCCGAGCUGCUAUAUGGCGCACCCGGUUGGGUGGUUCACAACGAGAUGAACAUCUUCGGCCACACGGGCAUGAAGAGCGGAGCUGAGUGGGCGAACUAUCCGCUCUCUGCAGCUUGGAUGAUGCAGCAUGUCUUCGACCAUUGGGAUUACUCGCGCGACGAAGCCUGGUUGCGUGAUCAGGGCUACCCGCUGAUGAAGGGUGUUGCCGAAUUCUGGCUCAGCCAGCUGCAAGAAGAUCGCUUCAACAACGACGGCUCACUGGUCGUGAACCCAUGCAACAGCCCUGAGCACGGCCCUACGACAUUCGGAUGCGCGCACUAUCAGCAAUUGAUACACCAGGUCUUCGAUGCCGUCCUUUCCACUGCGCCCACCGUCAACGAAACCGACACCGCGUUCGUCACCAACAUCACCGAUUCCCUCCAACGACUCGACAAAGGCUUCGCGAUCGGUUCCUGGGGCCAGAUCAAAGAGUGGAAGCUACCCGAGGAACCCUACGGCCUAGAAUUCAUCAACGACACCCACCGCCACCUUUCCGAACUAGUAGGCUGGUACCCCGGCUACUCGAUCUCUUCCUUCCUCAACGGCUACACCGACACCGCAGUCCAAGACGCUGUUCGCCAGAAACUGUACAGCCGUGGCAACGGCAACGGCGAGGCCCUCAACCAGGCGAAUGCAGGCUGGGCGAAGGUUUGGCGCGCCGCUUGCUGGGCUCGCCUCAACGAAACGGAUGAAGCUUACUACGAGCUUAGAUAUGCCAUUGAACAGAAUUUCGCAGGGAAUGGGUUGAGCAUGUAUGAUGGAGAUAGGGUUCCGUUUCAGAUCGACGCGAACUUUGGGUUUGGAGGCGCCGUGUUGAGUAUGCUUGUUGCGGAUAUGCCGUUGGCUGCGGGGGAUAUGAGAGAGAAGACCGUGGUGCUGGGCCCGGCGAUUCCGAAGAGUUGGGGUGGCGGGAGUGUGAAGGGGUUGCGGUUGAGAGGCGGUGGGGUUGUGGACUUUGGGUGGGAUGAGGAUGGUGUGGUUUGGGAGGUGGAGGUUGAUGGGGGGUUGGACGGGGUGAGGAUUGUAGAUAAAGAUGGGAAAGUGCUCGUGGAGUAG